AUGUCGAGUUCCGUGAAAACACGCGACUCUGCGCUUAACGCCAUUAAGCGGUAUAUGGCCAAGAGUACGGACGAUGCGUUUACAAUGGAUGCAGAAAGCAUAAAAAGCUAUAUGCAACUGCUCAGUGAGCAGUGGGCUCGCUUUAAUACCGCUCAAGAUGCGGUUGAAAUUUCGUGCGGAAGUGACAAUAUGGACAUCGAAGAAAGUGUACGAAUCCAAGCUGAGACGUGGUACUCUACGGCCUUGGCAAACUUCAACCGCGUACAGAAGUGUCGUGCCGAAGCGCAACCCGCGUCCGUGACAACGCCCGUGUCUGCAGCAAUACGACUGCCGAAGAUGGAGCUGCCCCAAUUCUCUGGGGACUCCACGGAGUGGAUCGGUUUUUUCGACGCGUUUUCUACCUUGGUCGACAGUAAUGCAGCCCUGUCAAAUGGGCAAAAACUGCACUAUCUGCGCAGUUGUUUAAGGGGUGAUGCGUUAAAAAUCAUAAGUGGGUUUAAGAUAUGUGAUGUCAACUAUGAAGAAGCUUGGGACCUACUAAAAUCGCGUUAUAAGGUCAUGCGCGUUAUAGUUGAAGGACAUUUUAGAGCUAUGGCCAACGUAAAGAGGGCAGCUAGUGACACCGCCGACGCAAUUAAGGGAGUGAUCGACGCCUUCCAGCAACACAUACGCGAGCUUAAGGCUUUGGGACGUCCAGUGGAGUUUUGGGACGAUUGGCUAGUGUACGAACUAGUCAAUAAAUUAGACUUCGAGACACGAAAGCAAUGGGAGCUAUCACUCGUCACUGAUGAGCCUCCGUCAUUCGAACAGCUGUCCACGUUUUUAGAAGUUAGAUGUCGUUCUCUAUCAAUGCUAUCAUCGUCAACGGGAUUAGUGCCAGCUAAGGGUAAAACCGCGUCGGUGUGUAAGUCUACGAAUGUGUUUCACGCAGUGCAAGAUCAGAACAGCACGGGCUGUACAUUUUGUAACGGGCCACACAAAAUAUACAGUUGUGAAAAAUUUCGGGACCUUGACGCAAACGGUAAAUCGAAAUUUGUGAGAGAAUCGCGCGUGUGUAUGAACUGCUUGAGUUCAGGCCAUUAUAAGGCAAAGUGUAACAGCACAUCUGCAUGCAGGAUUUGCCAUCAACGCCAUCACACGCUGUUGCAUAAUACUGCCGCUAUAACUAACGCUACAACCGUUUCUCAUUUCGUUAACAGCGCUUCUCUUAGGCCUUUCUCCCCUGCCGCAGACGUCAUGCAUCAAACGGACACAACCGUUUCAUCCGCUAACGGUCCUUCCACAGACACCGCUGCUGCCUGUACGUCUUCAUAUUUGAAUGCCAAUCCCAACCAGCCUCAUCCAAGAGAAAGGACUGUGCUGUUGGCAACCGCCUUGGUCAAGGUACGCGAUUGCUCUGGUCAUUGGCAACCCGCUCGCUUGCUGUUUGAUUCUGGUUCGCAUGCUUCCUUCGUAACCGAGUCAUGUGUACAACGCUUAGGAUUACCGCGAAGAGGGUCCGCAAUAUUGAUUUCUGGAAUUGGUUCCUCCCAAGGGAUACGCUCUAGAGGUGAAGUAUUACUAUCAUUAUCCUCUCAUUUUUCAGCCCAAUGCUUUACUGUUGACGCAUUGAUUCUGCCUAAAAUCACAAGUGAUUUGCCAACACAGCCCUUGAAGGUGUCGGCGUGGCCGCACAUACAAGAUCUACUUUUAGCCGAUCAGCACUUCAUGAAACCCGGGCGUAUCGAUAUCUUGGUCGGAAUGGACGUCAUGGGACAGCUCCUCUGCUCGGAGAUCCGUAAGGGGCCACCCGGUACGCCCAUGGCUCAACGAACGGUUUUCGGUUGGACGCUGUUUGGAAAUGUCGAUGGAUCCGAAUCCCCUUCGCACGGCUUACAGUCUCUGCAUUGUGAAGUCCAUUUAGAUCGAGCACUCACUAGACUUUGGGAGUUAGAAGAAGCACCGAAAAAGGCCCACCUCACCUACGAAGAACGCUAUUGUGAAGAGCUUUUCGAAAAAACGCACAGAAGGUCACCCGACGGUCGAUUUAUAGUAGAGCUGCCGCUGAAAUCUGACGUACCCUUGGGAGCAUCGCGAAGUUAUGCUGUUCGAAAUCUACUAAGCCUCGAAAAAAGACUAGCGCGAGAUGACGACCUACGCCAACGCUACAAUGAGUUCAUGCAAGAACUCAUCGACAUGAAGCACAUGGAACUUGCACCACCGCCAACGGAUCAAACGUUUUAUAUGCCGCAUCACCCCGUCGUAAAAGAGUCAAGCGUCACGACUAAAUUGAGAGUCGUGUUCAAUGCGUCCGCCAAAACCACCACCGGGAAUUCGUUGAACGAUGCAUUAUUUGUUGGUCCCCAAUUGCAACCAGAUUUAUAUUCAAUUCUAACUCGUUUCAGAACACAUCGCUACGCAGUAACCGCGGACAUCGCGAAAAUGUACCGCCAAAUAUGCAUGUCCACGAAAAACCUCGAUCUACAACGCAUUGUCUGGCGUCGUGACCCGACGUUACCCAUAAAAGAUUAUCGCAUGUUGCGCGUUACUUAUGGUGUUGCCGCUGCGUCCUACUUAGCCGUUAAAUCGCUGCAACAAACCGCAAAAUAUUCUUCACACAUUUGCGCGAAGGCUGCUGCCAUCAUCCAUGAGGACUUUUACAUGGAUGAUCUCCUCACUGGUGCGUCUUCUAAAGAAGAGCUGCUAAGUUUACAACGAAACGUCUCCGAAAUACUGAAGGAAGGGGGCUUCGAACUCCGAAAAUGGGCGUCUAAUUGUGCGGAACUUUCUGAAAAUGUUUCGAACGCGUCGGAGAAUAUAUCACACUACCUAGUCGAUACUAAAGAUGUCCAUGCCUUGGGCCUGAUAUGGAAUACAGAGGAGGACUACUUCACGUUCUCAGUUAAGCUGAAUCAACCACCCACUAAUUUAACGAAGAGAACAUUCUUGUCUGAUGCUAGCACGCUUUUCGACCCAUUGGGUCUGCUCGCUCCAGCGACCAUAAGGUCAAAGAUGUGGUUUCAGGAGAUCUGGCGUAUGAGUGUCGGUUGGGAUGACGUUGUUCCAGACUGCAUCGCAGUACAGUGGCGACAACAUCGCUCGGAACUACUACUGCUAUCGAGUUUGAAGAUAAGUCGCUGGUUUGGCUCAGGAGCAGGUGAGUCGUUCACUGAGCUACAUAUUUUCGCUGACGCUUCCGAACGCGCUUACGCUGCCGUAAUGUACGCGCGCACGUUACACAACGACGGCAGUAUUACCGUUGUGCUGAUCUCGUCGAAGACUAAGGUAGCACCACUUAAAACAACAACCCUGCCACGCUUAGAAUUGUGCGCUGCACAUCUUGCUGCAAAAUUGGCGCGGAGCGUGUUACAUAGCUGGGGUGAUCUCCGCUAUCCGAUCUAUGCUUGGACUGACUCCACUAUUACAUUGGCAUGGCUUCAGGCGCACCCUAGUAAGUGGAUAACCUUCGUUGCCAACCGCGUUGCUGACAUCCAAGAAGUCUUACCGCCUGAAUGUUGGAAUCAUAUCCGCUCUGAACUGAAUCCAGCAGAUUGCGCUUCUAGAGGUGUAACUCCGUCCGAACUACUGCAUCAAAAACUAUGGUGGUCUGGUCCUGAAUUCUUAAAAGGUCCUGAUCAUUUCUGGAAGCUAUCAUCUUCGCAACACACAACUCAGUUGGGCGUUCGUAGCAAGGUCGUCGCCCAUGCUACGAGCUCAGAUGACCACCGGCCGGUAUUGAUGAAAUAUUCAUCGUAUUCCAAGCUGCGCCGCAUCAUUGCUUACGUGUUAAGGUUUUUCGUCAACGCUCGUGUUAAGACACGAAUCAACGCUGCUAAACGGGUCGGUCCUCCCUGCUGUCAAGAGCUAUCCGAAGCUGAACUACGCUUGAUAAGAAGAAAGCCGAUUCCGCUUCGGAGUAGUAUUUUGACAUUGCAGCCAUAUCUCGAUGGGAAAAACGUCUUGCGAGUAGGAGAUUCUAACAUCGAAUGGCGUUUCAACCCUCCGUCCGCGCCUCAUAUGGGGGGGUAUUGGGAGAUUGGAAUAAAAAGAGUAAAAUAUCAUCUGAAACGUGUUAUGAGCGAAAUUCUUCUGUCCUACGAAGAGUUCAACACACUGCUAACAGAAGUAGAAGCCUGCGUCAACUCCCGCCCACUCUGUGACAAUUCUGCAGCCGCUGGUGAUGUAGAGGUACUUACGCCUGGCCACUUCAUUGUCGGUGAACCGCUUAAAUCUAUCCCGGAGCCUGAGGGUCAAGGGCUCCGUGGAAACCUGCGUCAGCGGUGGCAAGCGAUCUCUGCCAUGAGACAGCAUUUCUGGCGCCGUUGGAGAGACGAAUAUCUCGUCAACUUGCAACGUCGUACCAAGUGGCUUCGCCCUUCACGCAACAUCGAAGAAGGUGAUGUAGUUGCAGUCUUCAACGAACCUACCCCUCCGACGAAGUGGACGCUGGCACGUGUUAUUAAAUGCCACCCUGGCGCCGAUGGACGCGUGAGAGUGGUUACGCUGAAAACUCCGCAUGGCGAAUUAGUUCGGCCCAUAGUAAAGCUCUGCCCUCUACCAACGAAAGGAGACUUAUUUCACGAAGAAACUACCAAUUCAUCAUGA